AUGGGAGGGGUGCGGAGUGGGUGAGAUCAGCCGUGCAGUUUCAGGAUGGAGGAGCACUGAUAUGUCUGCUCGGUGCAGGAACAGCAGAGGGGACUACAGGUGACAAUCCAGGCGUCAGCCACCAUGCAGGUCCCGGACACGCCGGACGGAUGUUUCCUCCCCGAACAUCUCGACACGUCCGCCCUGGACAUUGAACUGGAUGAACUAGACUCCAUACGGGACGAUGAUGAUGAUCCGCACAGCCGCUUUCUUGCCGUUUAUAACCUGAAACCACUGAAACAUCAAGGCUCCGUAUUCCUGAAAGGAGUUCCGGUGACAGCGCACAUAUCACACACCGAACGCAUUGCUGGAGGAUCAAAGAUCCGGGAGAGCACUCUGUACUCUGUAUACCUCACACACGGCCCUUUCCGGUGGAUCAUAAGGAGGAAAUACCGACAUUUCCAGGAACUUCACCGCGAUCUUCUCAGACACAAGAUCUUUGUCUCCCUUCUUCCCCUCAAUCCUCUCUCUCGAUUCACCGUGACACGUUCCCGCGCCGUGCCGACUUCCGAGGAGUUGCCUUCCCUGCCUCACGCCUCUGGCGAGGCCUCCAGGCAAAUGUCCAGCAAACAGAAGUAUCUGGCGGAAUAUCUCAACAGACUUCUGGAAAAAUCCUUCUACCGGAACUAUCAUGCUAUGAUGGAGUUCCUGGAGGUCAGUCAUCUGUCCUUCAUUGCAGACCUUGGGCCUAAGGGACUGGAAGGUUUCAUACAGAAGAGAUCGGGGGGACACCGGAUUCCGGGUCUCAACUGCGUCGGCCAUCAUCAGUUCUGCUACCGUUGGUCAAAAAGGUGGCUGGUGGUGAAGGAUUCCUUUCUUCUCUACCUGAAACCGGAUUCUGGGGAAAUCUCCUUUGUGCUCCUCUACGACCCGAAAUUCCAAACGCAAGUUGGUAAAAGACACGCCGGGACCAAAUAUGGUGUCAGGAUAGAGAAUUACUCCAGGUCGCUGGUCUUAAAGUGCAACAGCUACCGCCAGGCCCGCUGGUGGGAGAAUCAGAUCAUCCAGAUUGCUGAAAAACACGGGAAGGACUUCUUGAGCACACAUCGGUUUGAGGCCCACGCACCAGUGCGGGAGAGGACGCAAGUGAAUUGGUUCGUCAAUGGUGCCAGUUAUUUUGCCGCGGUGGCUGACGCUCUGAUGCAGGCGCGAGAGGAGAUUUUCAUCACCGAUUGGUGGCUCAGCCCGGAGGUCCACCUUAAGAGGCCAGCAGUGGAUGACAGCUGGAGGCUGGACAUCAUUUUGAAGCGUAAAGCGGAGGCCGGAGUCAAGGUUUUUGUCUUGCUGUUCAAGGAGGUGGAACUGGCUCUGGGAAUUAACAGCGGCUAUAGCAAGAGAGCAUUGAUGCUGCUACAUCCUAAUAUCAAGGUGAUGCGUCAUCCAGAUCACGUCUCCUCCAUUGUCUUUCUCUGGGCUCACCAUGAGAAGAUGGUGGCCAUUGACCAGUCCAUAGUUUUUCUGGGGGGUUUGGAUCUGGCGUACGGCCGAUGGGAUGACCAUGACUAUCGAUUGACAGAUGUGGGAUCUUGCGAGGUGCAACAUCAGCAGCAGCAACAGCAGAAUGGAUCCGCAGCAGUGGACAUGUCCCCUGAAGAGUCGGCGAUGGUCUCCCAAUACUGGCUGGGCAAAGACUACAGUAACCUGAUUUAUAAAGACUGGGUACAGCUGGACAAACCUUUUGAAGAUUUCAUCGAUCGGUUAAAAAACCCACGAAUGCCAUGGAGGGACAUCGGUGCGGUGAUUCUCGGCAAAGCUGCCAGGGAUGCAUCCAGACACUUUAUUCAAAGGUGGAACUUUACAAAGACCAUGAAAUCGAAAUAUAAAGGUUCUUCGUUCCCGCAUCUUCUUCCCAAAAGUCUGAGCACAGCGGAUAAACCUCAAUACUCGGUGCCAGGAUGCCACAGUGCCACUGUGCAGGUGUUGCGAUCGGUUGACAACUGGUCCGUUGGAUGCCACGAAUAUUCCAUUUUGAACGCCUACCUGCAUUGUAUAGCCAAUGCUGAGCACUACAUUUACAUAGAGAAUCAGUUUUUUAUCAGCUGCACAGGUGGAGGGAUAACACAGAACACUAUCACAGAAGCCAUUGUCAAGCGGAUAAGAAAAGCGCACAAGGAAAACGCCACCUUCCGAGUCUUCAUCGUCAUCCCACUGUUGCCCGGCUUCGAGGGGAACAUUGAGCUGGGUGGGGGAUACUCCAUCCAGGCCAUUUUGCACUUUACAUACAGUUCUCUUUGCCGCGGCGAGAAUUCGAUCAUCUUUCAGCUGAAGGAGGAGAUGGGCGACAGCUGGCGGCAGUACCUCUCGGUUUGCAGCCUGCGGACGCACGGCGACAUGCCUGACGGCUCUCUAGUGACGGAGCUCAUUUACAUACACAGCAAGAUGCUGAUUGUUGACGACAGAAUGGUUAUAAUCGGUUCAGCUAACAUUAAUGACAGGAGCAUGCUGGGAAAGCGGGACAGCGAGCUGGCUGUGUUUGUGGAAGAUUCGGAAUUUGUGAACUCCACAAUGAACGGCAAGGUGUACCAGGCUGGGAAAUUUGCGCUGAGCCUCCGGAUGGAUUGUUUCAACACAAUUCUGGGCGCUCUGCAGGCUCCAUGUCUGGACGUGUCGGAUCCGGUUUCCGAUCAGUUCUUCAAUGAUGUCUGGAGUCAAAUAGCACUCAAUAACGCAGCGCUGUAUGACCAGGUGUUCCGUUGUCUCCCGACCAAUGCUGUGCCGAGCCACCGCGUACGCCAGGCCUAUACAGCCACGCCCAGCCUUGCCAGCACGGACCCCCUGCUCUCCAGGGAGAUGUUAAUGCGAGUGAAGGGCCAUUUGGUGGAGUUUCCGUUGCACUUUCUUUCUGAGGAGAGACUGUUACCGCCGUUAAACAGCAAGGAGGGAGUUAUCCCCACUGAAGUCUGGACGUGACCCUACUGGAGGGGCUCUAUGACUAACCAA